AUGUCGCAUGUUCCAAGUGACGCUUCUGAUUUUGGUCUUGAAAUCCCUGACGCACCCAAACUUGAAGUCGUUCGUAAAGAUCCUGCUCCUAAAGAUUCCGAAAUUUGUCCAUCGCAGUUGACACCUGACACAGCAGAGAUAUCUGACUUGAAUCAGAAUGUGUGGACCUAUAAUGGACAACACAUUGUGUCAGUUCCACGGAGAAGCAAUGUGACUCCAGUCACUAUGUCCAGUUUUUCUUGCAGGCACUCAGUGCCUCCUAAGCAAAACUCCAGGUUUCCCAUUUAUUUCGGAAUAGAGAAUCCAGAAAAGUGUCUGUGUUGUGAGAAGAUUAAAGGGAAGCCCACACUACAACUGAAGAAUAAGAAGCUCAUAGAUCUGUACACUGCUCCUAUACCUGUGAAGAAAUUCCUUUUCUACCGAAACCAGACUGGCAGUACCUCCACAUUUGAGUCAGUGGCCUUUCCUGGCUGGUUCAUUGCCUCCUCUGGUAAAGGCCAGCCCCUUUUCCUCACUUCAAACUUAGGGGGAGCACAUAAUACUGCCUUUAUCUAUAAGCAUAGAUAUUAA